GUCUCCUUAACAUCAGGGUCUGAUCUCAUCUCACUGAUGCUCUUGUAGAGGGGAAUAAAUGUGGAAUGAGACUUUCAGCAAACACACGUGUGUGUGAUGAUCAGGAGAGCAGAAACUUCACCAUGUAGUGUGUUACAGACGAAAUUAAUAAGACACACAAAAGAAAUACACUAGAUUCUAAACUCACAGAAAGGAUUUUUUUUUGUUUCGCGUUUUUUUCUCCUUGAUGGCAUCUCCGGGCCUCCGUAGAGACAGAUGGGAAGGGGGCAGAGCCAACAUGGUGGCCAAGGUGGUGAAGUUGGCAGUGAUACCGGCUGCUUUGGGUUCGGGUUCAUUCAAAGUUUAUGCCUUGACUGAGGAAAGGACGGACAAGCAGAUUCCCCCACGAGAGUUGUCUAUCUACAACACGGAGCCUACGGCGCUACAAUAUGUGGAGGAGAAAGCGGGUGCCCUGCAGACGGGCUUCGGGCGGAUGCGACUUGGGCUUCAGCGAUUUGUCCAAUCCGUGCAGAACACUUGCAGCUCGGUCAGAGUCGGGGCCGUUUCUUUAUACCAGACUGGACACGACACGUACGAUUUCCUGAGAGACCCGCCCCCUGGUUUCCUGCCCAGAGUUGGUAUAAUCACCGUGUCUGGAUUGGCUGGCCUCGUCCUGGCACGCAAAGGUUCUCGGCUAAAGAGAAUCGGUGUUCCUCUGGUCAUGACGUCUGCUGCUACUGCUGUAUGUUACCCCCUGCGUACUGUCGGGGUUUUACAGGUGACGGCUAAAACGGUGUACGCUGCCAGCUCUUUGGUUGCUUCUGCAUUCAAAUCAGACUCCAAAGUGGGCGGCGUCAUUCCUGAGAAGUCUCAUACAUCAGAAGAGGAUGGUCCAGGAACAGAAGUCCCUCAGACUGAUGAACUACCAGAAAAGGUGCCCAAGGGUGAACCUGCCUCAGAGGCAAAUGUUGUGGAAGGUUUAGACAUUUCUGACAAUUUGCCUGAAUCUGCUGCCCCACCAACUGCCACUGCUCCACUUGUAGAGGAAACUACACCUCCUCUUGCUGUAGAGGAAACUACACCUCCUCUUGCUGUAGAGGAAACUAUACCUCCUCCUGCUAUAGAGGAAACUACACCUCCUCCACCAGCUGUAGAGAUCACAACCUCUCCUACAGCCGAAGAGAAGCCACGAUUCGUCCCUGACCCGUCUUUACUGGAUCACGGACAGGCUCAUCCCGAAGAUUCAGACUUGUACAGCACACGGGGAUGAGCGGGAAAACCCGAAACGGACCGGAGUAUGAGUGUGAGAAUGGAGUUGGGUGGUGGACGGUAACGAAGGAGGACAUUUCUGCUUACAACAAAAACUUGAAUCCAGAGUCGAGAAUGAAUUACAAUAAAAACCAAACAAUCAA